UUUGUUUUUUCUAUUGUUUUUUUUUUCUUGUUCCCCAGCAUCUGCAAGAAAUGGCCAUGAACAACAACUGUGUUGGCUGGGUUCAGAAUACCAAACGUGGGACAGUGAUUGGACAACUUCAAGGACCUCCUGAAAGUGUUAAAACCUUGAAGGACUGGCUUAAGAAAACUGGAAGUCCAAAGUCCCGUAUUGUGCGGUGCGUGUUCAAAAAUGAAAUCGAAAUUAAAAAACUUGAACAUUCAGAAUUUCUUGUCAUCAAAUGAUUUCGUCACAAAAUCCAAAAUGAUACUAGAAGAACUAAGUGAAACCAAACACUUUUUCUUGAUAAAAUCAAACAAGUUAAUUUUUUAAACUACAUAUUAUAAGUUGUUAUAUGUGAAUAUGAGGUUCAAGUUUUGAGAGAAUAUGUGUGAGCAAUAGAGAUGUUUGUUCCAGUAGACAUGCAUGUUAUGAAUGUAGGUAUGAGCAUCAGUGUAUGUGUGUGUGUGUGUGUGUGUGUGUGUGUGUGUGUGUGUGUGCGCGUGCAUGUGUGUGUGUGUGUGUGUGAGUGAAUAUGUGUAUGCUUGGGUGUAUGUACAUGUAUACAUGUGUCUGUGUGAGUGAGUGUAUACAUCCACAGUUGUAAACACUUAUGCAAAAACGUAUAAUAUACACAGAACAUGGUUAGUUAUGUACGUAAUUAUAUGUAUAUUCAUGUCUGUGCAUGUGUAUAGACAUAUAUGUAUGUGUGUAUAUAUAUAGAUUAUAUAUGUGAGUGUGUGUGUGUAGUAUAUAUAUAUGUAUAUAAAUAUAUAUAUAUACACACACACAUAUAUUCACUGGUGUGUGUAUAUAUAUAUAUAUAUAUAUAUAUA